AUGGCCACCGCGACGCCGACGCCGACGCCGACGCCGACGCCGACGCAGGCCUUCUUCUUCCCACUGAACUCAGCUCGCCACCUCUCUUCUCCUCGUACCGCCGGUGCCCGUAGCAGCUGCAGCGCCACCACUACCCCGCUUUGCCACACAUCCCGACGCCGCCGCCCGACGUCACUCCUCCGAGCCCUGCCCCAUGGUGUUUCCCUGCCCCUCAUUGCCGCCUCCGACCACUGGGGCAACUGGACCGUCCUCCUCGCCACCGCCGCCCUGGGCAUCUGGUCCGAGAACAACACCCGCGCGGGGAAGGCCCUCAGCGGCGCGCUCGUAACCGUGCUCCUCGGCCUCGCCGCCAGCACCGCCGGCCUCGUCGCCGCGGACGCCCCCGCCUACCGCGUCGUGUACGACUACCUCCUCCCGCUCGCCGUCCCGCUCCUCCUCUUCACCGCCGACCUCCGCCGCGUCCUCCGCUCCACCGGCGCCCUCCUCCUCGCCUUCCUCCUCGGAUCCGUGGCGACAACGAUCGGCACGGUUGUGGCCUUCCUGCUCGUGCCCAUGCGAUCGCUGGGAAAUGAUAACUGGAAGAUUGCGGCCGCUCUCAUGAGCCGACAUAUAGGAGGAGCUGUCAACUACGUUGCUGUUUCAGAAGCUCUCCAGGUUUCUCCAUCAGUGUUGGCUGCAGGACUAGCUGCUGACAAUGUCAUCUGCGCACUCUAUUUUACUACGCUUUUCGCAUUAGCUGCUAAGAUUCCAGCAGAAACGAUGCAGUCCAUAGGAGAUAGCGAACCUACUACAGCUGGUGGUGAUAAGUUGCCUGUUUUGCAAAGUGCAACAGCAUUGGCUGUGUCCUUUGCGAUAUGCAAAGCAGGCAAAUAUAUGACGAGCUUGCUGGGCAUACAAGGGGGAAGCCUUCCCUGCAUAACAGCAAUCGUCGUAUCAUUGGCAACAUUGUUUCCCUCUCACAUCGGAAAGCUUGCUCCUUCAGGCGAGGCCUUGGCAGUGAUUCUGAUGCAGGUGUUCUUUGCUGUUGUGGGUGCUAAUGGAAGCAUCAGUAAUGUCAUCAACACGACUCCCGGCAUAUUUGCGUUCGCGUUCGUGCAGAUCACUGUGCAUCUGCUGCUGAUUAUGGGUGCUGGGAACCUGCUUGGAUUUGAGGACAAGCUAUUGCUGAUAGCGUCAAAUGCAAAUGUAGGCGGCCCGACCACGGCAUGCGGGAUGGCCACCACGAAGGGCUGGACUUCUUUGAUGGUUCCAGGGAUUCUAGCUGGCAUUUUUGGAAUUGCCAUCGCUACUUUCCUCGGGAUCGCUUUCGGUGUGUUUGUCCUCCAACACAUGUAAUGUACUUUUUUUUCAAUCUGGUAGUAGAGCUUGUCUCCGAUCAGCCAUCUAUUUUCACAGUCGCCUUGUCCUUUUUAGUUUUGUUGUCGCUGAAACUGAGUUCCUUCACCGAUGAUGGGAAUAGACAUUCAGAAUGGGCCAUGGAUUAAGGGUCUAGAAAAAAAAUCUUGAGAGGUCAAAUAGACUCUUCGAAAUUGUGUUGUGAAUGCACUGCACUGAUACAUGGUCAUGAAACUGCCAAGUGAAUGAUUUACACCGGGGAGUUGUUUUU